AAAAAAGGAAGCGAAAUGAAAAUGGAGCGACCGUUGGAUGUUAUCUGGUUGAACAAUAACAGCCUUACAUAUAUUCAUCUGCUUGAUCAUAUCCAAUCGUAUUAAACACAAAGACGACAACAACUCAGAGCAGAGCAGAGCAGUGAGGGAACUAAAAUGGCGGCUUUAUCAUCAUCCUCUCUGUUUUUCUCAUCCAAAACAGCUAUUCCGAUCAACAAUCUCCUCACCCCGCCAUCUAUCCACCGCUUCUCUCUUCCCUCAUCAUCUUCUUCCUUUUCCUCUCUCUCUUCUUCUGCUUCCCUCUUCACCACACACUCUCUGAAGAGUUCUCGCAGAUCAUCUACUCAGGGAUUCACCGUUAAGGCAGAGAAGAAGAAUGUACUUAUAGUCAACACCAACAGCGGCGGUCACGCCGUCAUUGGCUUUUACUUUGCCAAAGAGCUUCUCUCCGCCGGCCACGACGUCACCAUCUUGACUGUCGGCGAUGAAUCUUCUGACAAGAUGAAGAAACCUCCGUUUAGCCGUUUCUCCGAAAUCGUAAGCGGCGGAGGAAAGACGGUGUGGGGAAACCCGGCUGAUGUUGCGACUGUGGUCGGAGGUGAAACAUUCGACGUUGUUCUUGACAACAAUGGCAAGGACUUGGAUACUGUCAGGCCAGUGGUGGAUUGGGCUAAAAGCUCUGGCGUUAAGCAGUUCUUGUUCAUAAGCAGCGCGGGGAUCUACAAGUCCACCGAAGAACCUCCUCACGUUGAAGGGGACGCAGUGAAAGCCGACGCAGGUCACGUGGGAGUGGAGAAGUAUUUAGCUGAAACCUUCGGGAACUGGGCCUCCUUUCGACCACAGUACAUGAUCGGCUCUGGCAACAACAAAGACUGCGAAGAAUGGUUCUUCGACAGGAUUGUGAGGGAUAGACCAGUGCCAAUCCCAGGAUCAGGACUGCAGCUAACCAACAUAUCUCAUGUUAGAGACUUGUCUUCCAUGCUCACUUCAGCUGUGUCCAACCCUGAGGCUGCCUGCUGCAACAUCUUCAACUGCGUCAGUGACAGAGCCGUCACUCUUGACGGUAUGGCCAAGCUCUGUGCCGCUGCUGCUGGCAAAACCGUUGAGAUCGUGCAUUACGACCCCAAAGCCGUUGGGGUUGACGCCAAGAAGGCUUUUCCAUUUAGAAACAUGCAUUUCUACGCGGAACCAAGGGCAGCUAAGGACAUAUUAGGGUGGGAAAGUAAAACGAACCUACCUGAAGAUCUCAAGGAGAGAUAUGAAGAGUAUGUAAAGAUUGGGAGAGACAAGAAGGAGAUGAAGUUUGAAUUAGAUGACAAGAUACUUGAAGCCCUCAAAACUCCAGUGGCCGCUUAAUCAAUACUAUCUUCCUUUGUAACACUUCUAAAGCUACCAUUAUGCACUCUCUCUUUUUUUCCCUCGGCUCAUAUGAGAUGAACAUGAUUUCAGCUAAAAAGACCAUUUAAAUUCAUAACCAAAAA